UUAUUUCUUAUUUUUCCUCCACAGAACCUUCAGUAACGUCGCAGCAAGUUGCGAAGGAUCUACCAUUGGUUCUUUUCAUCAUUUUCGCCUUGUAAAUUUUGAGCGUACCACGAAAUAAUUAGUGGAAUUCCACGGAUAUUGUAUCAUACUGUAUAAAGACGCCAGUAGUAAGAAUGGGCGCAGGCGGAGGAAUCCCGUUCCAGGCACUCAAGUGGGCCCUCUUCAUCUUCAAUGCCCUGUUCGCCAUCUUGGGUCUCGCAGUGCUCAUCACUGCCGCAGUCGUGCUCUCGGACACCAACUCCGCCCUCAGCGACUACGGCCAUCUUGCCCGUGACGAGAUCAAAGAGCCGGCGGGUCUCCUCAUCUUCAUCGGGCUGGUCAUGUUCGUGGUGGCCGGCGUGGGUUGUUUGGCUGCCAUUCGGGAAAGCAGGGUGCUGGUCCUGGCCUUUUCGAGCAUCAUCGGGUUCUUGGUCAUUUUGGAGUUCGGCGGGUCCAUUGCUGCGUAUGUGUACCGCAACGACGUGCGGGAAUACGCCGGGACGAAGAUGAUGAAUAAGCAAUUGAAAGAGUAUUGGACGGAGUUUGAUAAGAACAUUACGAAUGCCGCGGUGAUCACUCAUUGGGACGACAUGCAGAAGGGACUCAAGUGCUGCGGUGUGGAGAACUACUGUAUACCUUUAAGCUUGACAUCCUGCACUGGCUGGCCAAUCGCAGACCUGAAUGACUGCAUUGAAGUGCAGACCAGCAGGGCAAUCAAAGUGGUGUGCAGUUCCCCAAUCACAUUUGCAGAAUGA